AUGCAAUAUAUUUAGUCGUUUAAUAAUUUUUUUUUGAAAAAUGGAUAAACUGGCACUCCAGAUAAUGUUUCCUCAGCGUCACGACUUGUACUGCUCCCCUUCUGCAAUGUGAGUUGACUUCCAUAGCAACCCGUCUGUCGGUAAUUACACUGAACGGUCUGGGUGACGGCAGGUCAGAGGUGUUCAGGACAGGCAUAGAGCCCCUGGCUGACGGUUCUGGCUGAAUUACAACUAAGGACAACUGAACUACAUAAAAGUGAAGAAUGUUGGGGAAGAUUACAACAGAUCCACCUUACCUUACCAUCGAUAAUUUCGAGGACCAUCUGGUUUCUGAAGAUGUUCUGCUGCACUUCUUUAAUCACUUCCUCAGUCUACCUUCGUUCCCUGAGUGUAUACAGUACAACCAGGUGACCGGUGUGUUUGAGGUGGUCAGUGAGUCAGAGGAGGCUCUGUCUAGGAGGAUCAGGUCAGCCCUGCAGUACUUUCAAUCACAACCUCUCAGUGAUCCAACAGAGCUGUCUGCUAGACCCAUGGUGGACAACCACUACACUGUUCUGUGCUUGGACAGACAACAGGGACUGGAGUGGAUCCUAAAAGAAAGACUACCCUUGUUUAUUCACAGUGACUGCUACUUCGAGUACAGGUUAGCGAAGCUGCUUUCUCAGUGUGGCCCUCGGGGCUGGAACCAGAAGAGAGAUGACGCCUCAGUCCAACACCCUGUCAUCACAGAGACCGUCUGUCCUUCCCCUGGGCCUGAUGACAGGCAGAUCCUGAUGAAGGUCCUCGAUGUGUCACUGGGGCAGGCCUCAGUAACAGACAUGUUGACAAUGGCUAAGGACAAGGAUAAGCAGCUUCCUGUCUGUACCCGGUCUGUGAAAACCCCGGUGUGCUCCCUGGGCCGGGAGGGACAGAGGGGUCUGGCCUCAGCCUGCUUCUCCUGCAUCCCUGACUCAGAGUCCUACGCCCUGUCCUCCUCACUCCUCGUCUCCUUUCCUCUCUCUUCUUCGCUCCCGGACUGUCCUCUCUGCUCUUCACUUCUAGACUGGGACAGGAGACGGGGAGACCGCGCCUCAGAGCAGGAGAUGAACGUCUACCUCGCAGAGACGGAGGCAAAGACAGAGAUAGAGGCAGGAACUACAGAUGAGGGUAAUGGGGACCCCAAGUCCCAGAGUCCCUCCUGUUCUACCGCUGAUGAGGAGACGGGUGGUCCCCAUACAGAGAGCCGCUAUGAGGGAGGUCCAGCCACCAGCCACAGCAGACUGAAGGACCAGGAGCAGGGUGGAGGGUCAGCCCACACAGAGAGCCCCUGUGAGGGAGGUCCAGCCACCAGCCACAGCAGACUGAAGGACCAGGAGCAGGGUGGAGGGUCAGCCCACACAGAGAGCCCCUGUGAGGGAGGUCCAGCCACCAGCCACAGCAGACUGAAGGACGAGGAGCAGGGUGGAGGGUCAGCCCACACAGAGAGCCCCUGUGAGGGAGGUCCAGCCACCAGCCACAGCAGACUGAAGGACCAGGAGCAGGGUGGAGGGUCAGAGGAGGAGAAUGACCUUGAGUUCUAUGAUGUCACUGUUAGUAUCCAUGGUGAUAGACAGGGCCUUGGUGACUUUAAGGACUUCUUAAAGGGAACACUAGGAGAGAAGCUUUUGCGUCUGUGGAUGGAUAUAGAGAGACUGAAGACCCUACAGGACGGCAGGAGGAAAAACAGGCAUUUGGUCCAGAUGCGUAGCUGCUACCUGCUGAGCGGUGGCCAGAGCAGUCUGAAUGGUGAGCUGUUGACCAGACUGGGUCUCUCUACCUCCCCCUGCUGGAGAGAGGACAGACUGCAGAGAGUACAGCCCCGCAUCACUGAGGCUCUGCUCUGCUACUGGGGUCCCAGAUUCAGGAUGAGCCAGAGAGGAAUUGAUCCUCUCAGACUGUCACUGUGGAGGAACGGACAGCUACGGCCUCCCUCUGGUGUCAACCCUAACCCUCGUUACAUCACCCUCGACGCCCUCCGGCCACACACCUGUAUACCUCGACCUGCCAUCCCCCCAGACACCUCUCUACCCAGAGACAGGACCCCCACACCAGCUCACACACAGACAGGUAAUGCCAGCAGCAGUCCUGUUGUAGGGGACAGGCGGAUGGAGAGGAUGUUACAGGCUCUAUGUGUCGACUCACAGGCCGGGUUCUACUUCACACGCUACUGUGAAAGCUCUGGAAACCCGCUGUGGGAGAAUGCUGUCCACUUCUGGUGUGAUCUGCAGCAGUACCACCAGCUCUUCUACCAAGAUGGACUGGAUCCCUACAGGGUACAGAGACAGGCUCAUUUGCUGUAUUCAACCUACGUGUGCAGUGCUGCCUGUAGUAGCAUUGAGGUGGAGGAGGAGAGCAGAGAGAGGGUGUAUACCUGUCUCACUCCCCCGUUUGAGGAGCUGUUUGACUGGGUGGAGGAACACAUUCUGACCCUCCUCCUGGAGCCCUGGACACUGCUCACCACCAGGGACACGGAAACCUUCCAGAAGGUGGCUGUACGGGAGGAGACUCGCCAGGUGGAGUCAGAGCAGUACAGAGAACUGAAGAAGCUGUAUGGGGAGGCUGGACACAGACUGGAACAGCAUGCUGUGGCCCAGGCCUGCAGGCCCCCUCCUCCACCACUAGAGGUCCCCAGGUCUCCAGAUAUGUGGUCUGCCGUCCCAGAGAGGUACAGAGGGUACAGGUUGGGCUCUCUGCUAGGACACCGCAUGGAGCUACAACACUUCACAUCCUUCCUACAGGACAACACCGCCAGUAUACACCUGGCUUGCUGGCAGGACAUAGAGAAUUACAGGAGAAUCCCCCAUAAAGACAAGGCCCAGAGAGAGGACAAGUCUAGACUCAUUAAGGACAAAUACCUCAACAGGAAAUACUUCUUUGGGCCUGACAGUCCUGCCACCAGACAACAACAGGAUGAGGUGAUGCGUCUGGCAGGUGGCUGGGGGAGACUGCUUCAUGACCGUCUGCGUGCUCCUGUCCUGGUGGACAUUCAGAGCAUCAUCAGGAACCACAUAGAAACAAAAUGGCUGCCUGUCUUCCUGACUACGCCGGCGUUCAAUGCGAGACAGCAGCAGAGAGUCAGGCCUCGGGGUGAAGAUGUGGUGGACCAGGUAUACCAGCGACACAGGACCAAGAGAGAGGUGUGGAAGCAGGUGAAGGGGACGUGGAUGACCUCUGCAGGGGAGAUCCUGGCUCUCCGGAAGGCCCUGCUCAACCCCGUCACAUGUCAUCAGUUCCGGCGUUUCGUCUCUCUGAAGGGAGACUUCCUGGAGAAUGACAUCCUGUUCUGGCUGGAGGUCCAGAGGUACAAGGAUCUGUGUCAUUCCCACUGUUUGGAGGCUGUAGUCCAGGACAAGGUGUCCACCAUCAUCAGCUGUUUCAUCCAGUCCUCCGUCCCCCCGGCCCUGCAGAUAGACAUCCCCCCAGAGCAGGCUUCACACAUCCUGGAGAGGAGGGGCGAGAUGGGGCCCUACGUCUUCAGAGAGGCUCAGAUGUGUGUGUUCAGUGAGCUACUGAAGCUGUGGCCAGAGUUCCUGUCGUUCAGCAGCGGUGUGCAGGAGGAGGAGGUGCUGCCACUGUUGCAGAACAGCAUGAACAAACAGAGUGCUAAACUGCAGCGCCGCAGGAGGAGAGAGGAGGAAAAGGAAGUGGAGAGGAGAGCCCAGGAGGAAGUGGAGAGGUUUCCAGAGGAAGUGGAGGAGCAGGAGGAGAAACACAGAGGACUACAGGGGAGCAGAGAGCUGCUUUACCCUAGCCAACAGUUAUCUUGGUCCUACUCUAAAUACAUGGUCGCCCUGGAGAGAGAGGAGGUGCUGCUGAGGAGACAGGCCCAGCUGGACGUCACGUCCUCCACUGGGACAG